AUGAAUAAUAGCUUCAAUAAUUUUAGAGGAUGCUACAACCUUCCUGGUCUUCGUAGUUUCAACUCUUAAAGUGACACUUCUCUGUUUCGAAAUAAGUAAUCAAGCUUCAAGAACGAUCGCCAUAAUCAGCAUAGCUCUAAUGAAGAAUUAUUUGCUGACAUUGAAAGAUCUUGCAACAUGAAUGUGAGCGGAGAGUCACUCCCAACAAGCGAAGAAGAACAUAGUCUCAUCGAUCAAGCUAUCGACUUGUUUUCAGAUACAAAAGUAAUAUUGCCUAAGCAAUAAACAGACAUCAGAGAUGUGCAAGAUCAAAUGAUUAAAGACAUCAAUCAUGUUUUUGUAGAUCCGCUUUAUAAAUCAAACCUUUCGACAGAAAUACUUGAACCCGAAUUUCUUGAAAAUAAUCAAUCCUUAAAGGACUAAUUCUAUGAGAACAACCAUAGACGUAAGCGUAAAACUAUAUCGGAUGAGGAUUCCCAUAAUUUUAUAGUACGAAUUGAUGGUAUUGAAGGAGAUACAAGAACGACUGUCAUGGUUAAAAAUAUCCCAAAUAAAUACACUAUUCAAAUGCUCAAAGAAUUAAUUGAUUAUCACCAUUCAGCCUCCUACGAUUUCCUCUAUCUCCCCAUAGAUUUCAAGAAUAAAUGUAAUAUGGGCUAUGCAUUCAUCAAUUUUGUUGACAGUCGAAUGAUUACUUCUUUUCAUAAUGAGUUUCACGGGUAAAAGUGGCCUCAUUUCAACAGCGAAAAAAUAUGCUAGUUGAGAUAUGCCAGAAUCUAAGGUCGAUUAGCACUCUUACAACAUUUCCAAUUUUCAAGUGUUAUGAACCAAAAAGACAAGAAACUUAAGCCAGUCAUUGUACCUCAAAACGAACUAUAACGUAUACAGUAGAUGAUUUAAAUGUAAAAAUAAUGAAAUGUAAAAACAAUUUUGUUUAGGGAAUAUUGAUAGCACAUAGAUCUCAAUUUUGAGUAUGCUCUUAAGUCAUAUUCCCAUUAUUUAAUUAAUUAUUUU